AGUUACACUGCAGCUUUCAGAAGGAGAAAGAGUGUGUGAGAGAGAUAGAGAAAACGAUCGAGUGAGUGAGCGUGAGAUAGAUAGCAAGACAGAUAACUAAAUAGACGAAGAAAGAAAGACCGAAGGAUUGGAAAGGAAGUGAUAACGAAAGGAUAGAGAAAAUUAAGGAGAUGUGUUCUUGUAUGAAUCAACCUCUUCCAUGCAGAACGUCUCAAGAUCGGCCGACCGUGCCGUUCGAUCAACCGUUAAGCGUCGAUACGUCGGUCGAAUACGAAAUUGACUAUAGUAAAUUUCCGGACUGGGACAAGAGUGAACAAGCCCUAAGAAUAGCUUUGCCGCUUCAUCACCUUCCUCCGCCUCCACCACCACCACCACCAGCACAACCGACUCAACCCCAACAACCAAACAAUCUAUCACCGUUGCUGUUUGUACCGACUAGACCUACAAAUCAUUUGACAAACGUCCAUCGAUCUGAAAUCGAAUACUUGAUGACGUUGAUCGAUUCGCUUCAAAGACCGCCAAUUGCGUACGAAACUCAAGUCAUUCGACGACCGCCCACUUGGAAAUGCGUUCGAGCGCAGACGAAUCGGAGGACGAAACGGAAAUUGUGCGAUUAUGUGACCGAAUCGUGUAAACUAUCGCGUUUGUACUCACAAACCGUUAAUCAGGAUAUACUUUUUGCGCACUGAUAAACUAUCUUUUUUAUCUUUAAUUCUUUCUUUUCUUAAAUAUGCUUUAGAAAGAAAACAAAUGACAAAAAAACCCAAAAAUUUUUCUCUUGUAUCACAUUUGAACUUAAAAAAUAUGCUAGUAUUUGUGCAUAUUUAUUAAUUAAUGCAUAAUUAUAUACAUAUUAAUAUAUACUAUAUAUCUAUAUGUAUAUAUAUACAUGUACAUAUAUGAC